GAGGAAGGAUGAUGAAGGAUUGAUUUGAGUUCAGUUUCGUCUUAGUCAUCGUCAGCGUCUUCUUCCACCGCCGGUUCCUCGCCCUGAUCUCUCUCUCUCUCUCUCUCCAUUUCCUUUAUCCUUAGCUUUUGUCAGUUCAGUCGGGAUGGGGUUCUCUUCUCCUCCCACUAGUUAAAGCUUCUGUUACAUUUCUUUUCCUUUUCCUGCAAAAAGAGGGAAGAAAGCAACCAAAGCUCAUCAGCAAAAACCGCCAUUACUCAAUUCCCACUACCUCCCUCCCUCCCUCCCUCCCUUCCCUCAUCAACAAAUCCAGUGAGAGUGUGAAACAGAGCAGAAACAGGGCUCGAAGCGGGAAGGAAGCAGAGAGGAAGAAAGAACGAACUCCACCCUUUGGAUUAAAGCCGGCUACCACACGUGAUCAAAGCUCCAGCUAUUAAUCUAAAUCUACAUCAUUAUUUCCCUCUCUCCCUCCCUCUCUCUCUCUCUCUCUCUCAUCGUCGAGCUUGCCGUAAGCUGUUCCUUUUUUGUCAUAACGCAAUCAUUCAUCCCCCGAACCCGACAACAACCCACCCUCUUCCUCCCAUUCUAAUAUCUCCGUAUCAUUUUACACUAGCUUCCCCAUAUAUAUAUAUAUGUAUAUAUAGACAGCCCCUCGCUCUGCUCUGUAUCCAUCCAUCGCUCUCAUUGAAGUUCGAGCUCCUCCAUUAAACAGUGAACCCAGAGAGGAGUAGUCCAAUCAUGGCGAAGACGGGGGCCUAUCUGGUGCCCGUUCUCUUGGGCUUCCUCCUUGUGGGGCCCCUCAGCGUGUCCUCCGCCGCCGCUACGGAGACGGGGGAUAAUGGCGAGACCACCCGGCGGACCUACAUUGUACACGUGGCGGAGUCCCAGAUGCCCCGGGCCUUCCAGCACCACGAGCACUGGUACGACGCCAACCUCAGAUCUGUCUCCGACACGGCCGAGAUGAUCUACACCUACUCCACCGCCAUCCACGGGUUCGCCACCCGGCUCACCGCGGCGGAGGCCGAGUCCCUCGCGGCCCGGCCCGGGAUCCUGUCUGUCCUCCCCGAGCAGCGGUACGAGCUCCACACGACCAGGACUCCUGAGUUCCUCGGACUGGGUGAUAACUCGAAACUGCUUCCGGAGGCCGAUUCGGAGGCGGACGUCGUCGUGGGGGUUCUGGACACUGGAAUUUGGCCCGAGAGGAAGAGCUACAGCGAUGCUGACAUGGGGGACGGACCGUCCUGGUGGAAGGGUGAAUGCGAGGCCGGGGCAAACUUCUCUACUGCAAAUUGCAACCGGAAACUGAUCGGAGCAAGGUUUCUUGCGAAAGGAUACGAGGCCGCGGUGGGCCCGAUCGACUGGUCCAACGAGUCCAAGUCCCCGAGGGACGAUGACGGCCACGGGACGCACACCUCCUCCACGGCGGCUGGCUCCGAGGUGGAAGGCGCAAACCUAUUUGGGUAUGCCCAGGGGACGGCCCGUGGGAUGGCCAAGAAGGCUCGGUUAGCCGUCUACAAAGUUUGCUGGAAGAAUGGUUGCUUUAGCUCCGAUAUUCUCGCUGCCAUGGACAAGGCUAUUACCGACGGUGUAAAUGUACUCUCCCUGUCCCUUGGAGGCGGCUCCCCUGACUUUUACCGUGAUAGCAUAGCAAUUGGGGCCUUUGCCGCUGCCGAGAAAGGAAUCCUUGUCUCAUGCUCUGCCGGGAAUUCGGGGCCGACACCAGGAUCACUGUCCAAUGUUGCACCGUGGAUCACCACUGUCGGGGCGGGCACGAUCGAUCGAGAUUUCCCUGCAUAUGUCAGCCUUGGAAACGGGAAGAACUACUCCGGCGUGUCACUCUACAGCGGCAGCCCCUUGCCCAAGACUCUACUGCCCUUCGUCUACGCCGGCAAUGUAAGCAACGCCACCAACGGGAACCUCUGUAUGGUGGGGACUCUCGACUCGAAUAAGGUUGCCGGGAAGAUCGUCUUGUGCGAUCGAGGAAUGAAUUCUCGGGUCCAGAAGGGCCUGGUCGUGAAGCAGGCUGGUGGCGCCGGGAUGGUGCUCGCCAACACGGACGAAAAUGGUGAAGAGCUGGUGGCGGACGCGCACUUGUUACCUGCCUCUGCGGUGGGCGCAAAGAACGGGGACGAAAUAAGGAAAUAUGUGUUCACAGAUUCGAAUCCGACCGCAACGAUUUUCUUUGAAGGGACCAAGGUUGGGAUCCAGCCGGCCCCAGUGGUGGCAGCAUUCAGCUCGAGGGGCCCAAGCACGGUCGCUCCCGGCAUUCUCAAGCCGGACCUGAUAGCUCCGGGUGUCAACAUCUUAGCCGGUUGGACCGGCGCAGUGGGCCCCACGGGGCUUUCUGUCGAUGACCGCCAUGUCGAGUUCAACAUUAUCUCGGGGACGUCCAUGUCUUGUCCCCACGUGAGCGGUCUGGCUGCUCUCGUCAAAUCCAGACACUCGGAUUGGAGUCCGGCCGUUAUCCGCUCCGCCCUCAUGACCACCGCAUACUCAACCUACAAGGAUGGCAAGAUGCUGAUGGAUGUGGCGACAGGGGAGACCGCCACGCCAUUCGAUUACGGGGCCGGCCACGUGGACCCCAUAUCUGCCUUAAACCCGGGGCUCGUCUACGACCUCACAGCUGCCGACUACCUCGACUUCCUCUGCGCGCUCAACUACACGGCCUCACAGAUCAACCUAGUGGCUCGAAGGAACUUCACGUGCGAUCCCAGCAAGAAGUACAGCAUUCUUGACCUAAACUAUCCUUCCUUUGCGGCGACAUUCGACACCACAGGGACGGGCGGAAGCGGGGGCAAUGUGGUGAAGUUCACGAGGACAGUUACCAGUGUGAGCGGGGCGGGAACUUACAAGGUCUCGAUCUCAACAGACUCGAAGGCAGUCAAGGUGUCUGUGGACCCCAGCACACUGAGCUUCAGCGCUGCAAAUGAGAAGAAGAGCUAUGCUGUUACCGUGACAUGGAGCUCGGCAACUCCUGGAAAGAACAGCUUCGGGAAGCUCGUGUGGUCGGACGGGGAUCAUACGGUCGGGAGUCCCAUGGCCUUUACUUGGACUUAGCAAUUGGAUGGACGAUCGACGGGGGAAAUUGGGUUUCAAUCAAAUGUUGUUAUUCACUCACUCGAAGAGGGGUGGGAUAAAUUAUUGGUAAAUCAUGGGAUCUUCUGGGAAUAAUGUGUUUUGAUGAACAAUCCUUACGGACAACAAACAACAUGAAUAUCAGAAUGCUCAUAGGAUGUCUUUUCUUUCUUUUGAAUCCCGAUUAUGUCUCUAUUACCAUUUCGGCGUGUAUAGAUGAUUAUAAUGUUGAUCGGAUAGGAUGAUUAUGAAAGGAAAUGAAAUAUGCACGCGUUGUUAAGUCUA